AUGAAGCCUGAACUCCGCUCUUACGAUGACUUCGUUGAGGAAGCCGCUUUCUCAUCUUCCAUGACGUUGAGUCCGACAGUGGGCACUUCUCCACGCCCGCAGUCUGGGUUAAGUCUGGGAUACUUCCAACUGUUGCCUGAGGAACAGAUGCGUGAGGCGAUACUGAAUAAUCCGUACGCCUUGGACCCAAGCCCAGGUAUCGACAUCCUAUCAAUCAAUUCCUCUCAACAGAAUUGCGAGAUGGUAGACGAGGCCUUAAUGGACGAGCUUGGCCAGUUUCUUGGAUCACAGCUUGCGCCGGAUCUGCUGUCGAAGGUGAUUCCAGGACACGGAGGCUCCUUUGAAGGUCCCGAUCAUUACAACGAGCCCGUCUCAUCAGCACCAAGUGCGAUUUGUUUCAAUCAUGGAGCCGAUGACGGCGUUGUCCCGGGGGUUGAACAAUGUUUUACCGACGACUUGUGCGGAUUACAGGAAGAUUGGCCAAUCAAUUACUCUUCAAAUCCAUUUUUGGCACCUGGCCUGCACGAAAAAUCCUACUUCACUUUUUUCAACGCUCCUCGCCAGCUCGACCUGGAAGCCCUGUUGCGCGAAGUCGAUGCAUCAUUGAACGUCUGGUGGUGUAAUGCCUUGCAAGAGACCAAACUCGAGCCGCCUCCCGAUUAUGGUCCCGUGGCGCCAGGUGACGACGGGCAACAAUGCUGCGAGAGCAGCGACAAACACAGCUCGGACACCACUGACGAGGAAACCUCUGAGAUUGGUCAAGCAGAGUCUAAAGCUUCUUGGAGACGGACAGGCCCGUCCGCCCCUUCAGGACGUCUACAGCAGGCGCGGAAGCGAAAUCGAAUGCCUACUCUCAAUCAGACACGAUCGAGAUCCAGGAUAUCAAAGUCAAACGUUUCUAGACGAUCCUCUUCACCACCAUUAAAGGGCGGAAAAUCGGUGUAUAUUCGACUGGAAGAAAUCAUUGGCGAAGAGGGAGGGAGUCGCUACACAUGGAAUCGACGGGUUGGCUUGAAUGGGUCCUGGAUGGACAUGAGAAAGAACACGGUGGAAACGGUGCAUUUUGUAGGGGCGUUAAAACAGCUCAAGAUGACGGUGCGGCCGGACGGGGGAGGCUUGGUCGUUCACCUGCGUCUAAGUGACACAAGCACCUAUUUCGAAGGUGAGGUGCAGGGUGGUGGGAGGCUUCGUGUUCGCGCCGCGGUGAUAAUCGAGAUGUGCGAGAAUCCUCAGCGGUGCGAGAGAUUCGAGGCAACUUUCUAUUCUGAUUAG